AUGGCACGGCGCGCGCCCGCAGGCGGGGCCGGGGAGGGGGAGGGCUCGGCGCGCGUCGGGCGUGACGGCAGCGCGGAGGGGAGGUGCGAAGCGCCCGCCCGCCGAGAGCCAUGGCGAGAGGCCGCGGCGCGGCGCCCGCUUCAGUGCCCCGGUCCGCAGCAGCGCCCCCGCCCGCCGCCCCGGGGCCCACCCGGCCGCCGCCCCCGCGCGCCCCGAGCCCCUGACGGCCGCGCGCUGCGAGCGAGGCGCCCCCGGAGAGGGGCCGCGCGCGGGAGGGUGCGCGCGGGAGCCCCAGCGCCCCGACGAGCCCCGCGCCCCGGACCCCCGGACCCCCAGCCCGGGAGCGCCGAGUCGGCGGGCGGGCAGCAGGAGGAGGAGGAGGCGCCCCAGCCGAGCUCGCCGCGUGCGCCCCGGUGCCGCCCGGCCGGCUGCUGCGGGGCGAACCGGAGCCGCCGGGCGGCCGGGACUCGGCUGAGGACAACGAGGAGGCGGCGGCCAGGAUUGCCGAGCGCCUGGGCAGCCCCGCGCCGGAGGCCCCUGGGAUCGCGCCUGCGACGGGGUCGCGCUUCGUGCGCCUCUCGAGGAUUGCUCUUUUUCAUGUCCCAACUGCUUUUGGAAGAUUUUAGAUCUACAUAAGUGGUUCCCCGUGAGGAGCCGCUGCUGGUGCUUCAAACAUCCCGGGGGCCGUCUGUCCGACUGCCCCAGACUCCGGCAGCGGGGCCCCCGAUGGCAGUGGGCACCUCCCCGUGAAACCUGC